AUGGCCGAUGAGAAUGCUAAGCAUGUGCAAGACAAAACAGAUGAUGAUCUCUCUGCAUUGCUCGAUCAAACACUCGGAGAAUUCAAUUCGCCUCCUCAGUAAGUUCAGACUGUUGCUGAAAGCCCGCACUGAGAAGCAGAAUGGGCACCAAUUUCCAAACUUAGCGUUCUGGAAGCAGAUCGAUCACCUUAAAACAAAAACGCCCAACCGUGGGGGGGGGGCUAUUAUUGAAUGGAGUGGAGGGUUAUCUUUGAAUGGUGGGGGACUGAUAUUAAAUGCGAUUAACACGAGGGGGGCUCUUAUUGAAUAUGUCCUCUGUUGAAAAGGAGGGGGGUGAGGGCUUUCCUUUAAGAAUACCUAGUUUUUAAAUAAAAGGGGCUUUUCUUGAAUUAUCCCGUUCAAAGUUAUGAUGCAAAUUUCAAAAUUAUCGCUUCCAGGCAAAAGCCGCACACGACGGACGACGAAAUCGAUGAGUUGAUGGCCUCAGCCGAUCAGGAAGCUGCACAAAAAGCAGCCAAAGACUUCCAAAAGAUGCUCGAGCAGAUGGUAACUCUGCAGGAGGAGGCAAUGAAGAAGGCUGAGACAGCACCAGCGUCCGGGGAUCAAGAUCAGAUGGAUCCGAACGAUCCGGAGGCUCUUGCCAUGAUGGAUGCUCUCAAACAGCUGAUGGAAUGCUCUUCAAACGUGGCAAACGCCAAUUCGGCCGAAGAGUUCCUCGCUGGACUCGAUAUGCUCCGCUCUCCAAACUCUCCAAUGGAGCCUUUCAUGAGCAUGAUAAUGCAAACCUUGGCUUCGAAGGAAGUGAUGUAUCCUCCACUCAAGGAGAUCUUCGACAAUUACCCCAAAUAUUUGGAAGAGAAUUCUGCUGAAUUGGACGCAGAAACGAGAGAACGAUACGAGAAACAGUUGAACGUAAGUUCAUGCCCUCUUCUUUAAGGUAUAAAACUAAAUUGCUUCAGGUUCUUGGGAAGAUCUGCGCCGAAUUUGAAAAUCAAUCGGACAUCCCUGAAGUGGCACCAGAGACGGCUGCCUCCGAACCAGCACCAGGACCUCCAGCCGAAGGAGAAGAGUCUCCGAACCUCGAAGCCGCGGCUCAUUUUGAAACGCUUGGAAAGUUGCUUGUCGAACUGCAGCAAUAUGGAUAUCCACCGAAAGAACUUGUGGGAGCUCUCCCAGACGGAUGGCAAAUGGAUGAAAGCGGCCUUCCGAAGGUUGCCGAUGCAGCCGCUGCCACCGAAUCGUGCUCCAUCAUGUGAGCACCCAAUCGCUCUUUAGGAUAUUUAGUGAAAAAUGCCUUUCCGAAUCAGUUGGCUUCCUUAUUUUAUGCUGCCAUAAACGGCCAAAUUGUAGUCUUCUCCAAAUUUGAAUUCGUGUGCUUUUAUGGUUAUAAAAUAAUGUCGUUAUUCAUUUGUGAUCUUCAUUUGAAUCUUGUAUCAUUCAGUGCUGUCGCAUACCUUAUCCGUCUGAAAGUUCUAUCCGAGGAAUCAUCGAUUUCUCUCUCCAGAUGUCCUUUUCGUACAUGUCCGUGGCAGAUCGAAUGUAUUCAAGACGAGCUUCCGAGCUCUACGAUAACAUUGCAUAUCUACAUCAUCCGAGCGGAGUAACCGUCGUCGUUCUCAGAGCAGUUAUACUAUUAACAUUUAUUCGCCAAAAUGAAAAAAAAAGUUCAGAUUCCGGAGAGUGAAGUGAUCGAAGUGGACUUCGGAAGUACGAAGAAACACGGAGCAGAUCGAUCGACGAAUAAAGUAUCGGGAAAGGGAAAGCACGUAAGGAAACGAGAGAGAGAGAGAGAGAGAGAGAGAGAGAGAGAGAGAAAGAGAGAUGACGGUGAGAAAGAGAGCAUUCCAGGGAGCACUCAUUCUGCAAACCGACUCGAAACUGUGCACGUUCAAAUGCAAAGACGGAUCGGAGCACGUUGUGCGAGCAGGCGUUCGAGGCAUUCUCGUCGAGGUGGGCAGCCGACGAUUUCUGCUGUGACUCACAGGUUUUCAGAUGAACGAACGACUCAAAACGAAGCCAGAUCUGAUCAGAACGGCGCCGGACAACCAGGGAUUCAUCGCGAUCAUCACGUACGGAGCAGGAGUGCGAAACACGAACGGAAUGAGCGAAACACUGCCACCGAAAAGGCUUUUUCUUAGAGAAGAAUAA